GUUAGCAGCAGCAGUGCGUGUGAAGGCCGGCGCUUGAGGGCAGCAAGAUGGAAUCAGAAAGAGAAAUCAUCGACCUCCAACCUGGGAACCCCAGCCCCCGGAGGAGCCAGCCCAUCAACCUGAACCACUAUGCCACCAAGAAGAGCGUGGCAGAGAGCAUGCUGGACGUGGCCCUCUUCAUGUCCAACGCCACGCGGCUGAAAGCGGUGCUGGAGCAGGGACCGGCCUCCCACUACUACACCGCCCUCGUCACCCUCAUCAGCGUUUCUCUGCUCCUGCAGGUGGCCAUCGGAAUCCUCCUCGUGGUCAUUGCACGUUGGAACCUCAAUGAGGUAGGAAAGCAGGGCCAGCUUAACCAGCUCAACAACACGGCCACCAGCCUGGUCGCCAUCACGGUCGUCAUCAAUGUCUUCAUUACAGCCUUCGGGGUACACAAGACAGGCUCCCUGGCUGCCAGGACCUCAAGGAAUCCUCUCUGA